AUGGGAGGUGAAGAGUUUCGUCUGGCCGUCGCCACCUACAAAGGUGGAAGGGAAGUGGGAGAGGCUGGGGGAUUAUCCCAGGGUGUUUCUAGCAGCUCUGCGGAUCAAGCAACCGAGAUUGUAAGGCCUCGUUACGCGUUGGGGGCGGCAACGUGCUUCCCCGCACCCCCCCGCGGCAACGUGCUUCCCCGCACCCCCCCGCGGCAACGUGCUUCCCCGCCCACCCCCCGCGGCAACGUGCUUCCCCGCCCCCCCCCGCGGCAACGUGCUUCCCCGCCCCCCCCCGCGGCAACGUGCUUCCCCGCCCCCCCCCCGCGGCAACGUGCUUCCCCGCCCCCCCCCGCAGCAACGUGCUUCCCCGCCCCCCCCCCGCGGCAACGUGCUUCCCCGCCCCCCCCCGCGGCAACGUGCUUCCCCGCCCCCCCCCGCGGCAACGUGCUUCCCCGCACCCCCCCGCGGCAACGUGCUUCCCCCCCCCCCCCCCCGCGGCAACGUGCUUCCCCGCACCCCCCCGCGGCAACGUGCUUCCCCGCACCCCCCCGCGGCAACGUGCUUCCCCGCACCCCCCCGCGGCAACGUGCUUCCCCGCCCCCCCCCGCGGCAACGUGCUUCCCCGCACCCCCCCGCGGCAACGUGCUUCCCCGCCCCCCCCCGCGGCAACGUGCUUCCCCGCACCCCCCCGCGGCAACGUGCUUCCCCGCACCCCCCCGCGGCAACGUGCUUCCCCGCACCCCCCCGCGGCAACGUGCUUCCCCGCACCCCCCCGCGGCAACGUGCUUCCCCGCACCCCCCCGCGGCAACGUGCUUCCCCGCACCCCCCCGCGGCAACGUGCUUCCCCGCACCCCCCCGCGGCAACGUGCUUCCCCGCACCCCCCCGCGGCAACGUGCUUCCCCGCACCCCCCCGCGGCAACGUGCUUCCCCGCACCCCCCCCGCGGCAACGUGCUUCCCCGCACCCCCCCGCGGCAACGUGCUUCCCCGCACCCCCCCGCGGCAACGUGCUUCCCCGCACCCCCCCGCGGCAACGUGCUUCCCCGCACCCCCCCGCGGCAACGUGCUUCCCCGCACCCCCCCGCGGCAACGUGCUUCCCCGCACCCCCCCGCGGCAACGUGCUUCCCGCACCCCCCCGCGCCACCCCGUUCUGCCCAUGUGCCCCUCUUCCACGCCCUUGUGCGCUUGUCUUCUCAGCCACCUCAUUCUGCCCAUACCCCUCUUCCACGAUCUUAUGCGCAUCUCUUCUCAGCCACCCCGUUCUGCCCAUGUCUCCCUCAGCCAUGCCGUUUUCCCCAUGUCUCCUUCCAAAUCUUCCAUUACUUGCAUAG